AUGGCAUCCCUACCACACGACUUCGUUAGCCUUCCGAUAAUCAUCACGGACUGGGAUGCAGUCACCAACGCGAAGAGUCAGCUCCAAAUUCCUACCGCCGAGAUAGCACGAUCACACACUGCCGCGAACACCACCUCAACCGACGCCAGCAUCACAGAAUCAGUCGAAGCCAUCUGGAACCGCAUCUCAGAUGCUAUGAAGUUGAAGGUUCGCGAGGCGGCGAGCGAGGUCUUGCGGAGAACCGAAAACACGUCCUCGUUACAGGAAGAGGUGGGCUUCCAGUAUGACAACGACGCCAGACUUCUGGACUGA